AUGUCCGACGGAAUAGGAGACUUGGAUAUGGAGGAGCUGGAGCAGUUGUUGUUGGAAAAUUAUGACGAAAACACGAAUGAUAAUGAAAGUGAACAAGCGGGCCAACUGAACAGCAGCGCGGUUGAUACCCCGCAACCCAAGUUAACUCUCGAAGGGUCCAGCUUUCUGGUGACCGAUACGGAAAGCAACAUAAAUGGAGAAACAUCAUCCACCGCGAUAACUGAAGGAACUGUGACCGCUGAUGCGGACAUUGAUUCAUCGGACGAGGAAGAAACGAGAAACUUUCUCGAGCGGAAGUACAAUCAGUACGGAAGGCAAAUUAACGAUCUGUUAAAAACGAAAGAAGCAGAAAAGACGGACCAAACAUUGUCGAAAUGGGUAGACCAAAAACUGCGGCAGAUCAACCGAAGCUCUCCGCAAACGCCGUCCGCCGAAUUUACGGCAAAGCCUGAAGCAUUAAAUACAACCCCAAAAAAUAACGCUGGUGGUAAACAGGAUACAAAGCUCAACAAUCCAUCAAAAACAUCUUCAACUAGCAAUGCGGCUAUUCCGGCUGUUUUUCAAGCGACAGUUCACACCGAUCCCAUAUUCGGAUUGCGCAUUGUGCAUCCUCUCGUAUCCAGCCAGACGUUACAGGAACGAAUGUUGGACAAAAAAGCGGUCCCGUUUAUGCGUCUUCGUAACUUUAUCGAAACGGUCGAUUUGCAGCAGGAUUGGGUAAUUGGUGGUGUACUGAUCAGCAAGACGCCAACAAAAACAACGCAGAAAGGCAAGCAGUUUGCCAUCUGGAAGUUGAGCGAUCUUCACGGCGACAUCAAGAUGGUCAGUUUGUUUCUUUUCGGCCAAGCAUACAAGGAUCUGUGGAAAACGGCCGUAGGUACGGCGCUGGCUGUACUCAACCCAAACGUUCUGAAUAAUAACAACGAGAAAAACAUCGAAGCUACCUUGUCCAUCGAUCGCGCCACAAAAGUAAUGGUGUUGGGACAGUCAAGGGAUUUGGGCACUUGCCGUAGCCGCAAGAAGAAUGGUGAACAGUGCACGUCCAUAGUGAACUUGGGCAAAUGCGAAUACUGUGUGUACCAUAUCAAGCAGGAGUACAACAAGGCAAGCAAUCGGGGCGGUCUUCUCACGUCGACGGGUGGCCGUGGUUUGAACGAGCUACGGAACAAAGUGCUCGGAAAGAAUGAGGUGUUCUACGCAGGACAAAGUUUCAGUGCAGUGAAAGCCGUUAAACACCCUAAACAGAUCGAGAAAGAUCGUAAUCGUAUGAUGACGUUGUCGGAUUACUUCCGAUCGCCAUUUGAAGGUAGCAAUGGAGGAGCAGGAGGUACUAGCGGUGCAACGGCAUCAUCAUCAACACCAGCAGCAGCUUCAUCAUCCGUACCGUCGUAUCGAGCAGCUGCCACAGCAGUUAAGCCAUCUAAAUCAUCUGCUGCCCGGAUCGAACUGGACGUCGGUCAGCGCAUGAAAGAUUUUAAGCGUCUGCAAAGCCUCGGUGUAUCGAUGGAGUCGUUAGAAGCAAUAAAAACUUCUUCACCGGUAGCCAAACCACAACCGACUAGCACUCCUCAGUCAUCUGUAACAUCAACUCCAUCCAGCUCGCUAGAAAAUCGCAAAUUUAGUCUCGAAAUGGUACCCCGUUUAAGUCGGGAUUCGUUCGAUAUCGACUUUACGAAGCAACACGUGUCACUGAAGAAGGCACUCCAAUCACGUGCCCGUGCGUCGGCAAUUAUCAAACAGAAACCGAUCGAAAAAGCAGACCCAAAUUUCUUCAAGUACCGAGGAACGGAACAGGGCAAAAAGCGAGUGCUGGAAGAGCUGUCGAAGAAUGCAUCUGGCGAAGAAAAUGUGGCCAAGCGUCAAAAGCUGCAGGAAGAAGCGGACGAGAAGGAGCGUGCCCGGAAGGAUCACAUGAAGCGCAUCAUAGAGGCAUCCUCCUCCCACCAGGAGUUGGUGGUGGCAAGUGAAAAUGCACAGCAGGAACAGUACUUCAAGUCGCUCGAACGUAAGGAAGCGAUGGAGGAUAAGAUGCUGAACACGUUCAAGGUACCGUGCAAGGCGGUCAGCUGUAACCAGUGUAAGUACAUUGCUUUUUCGGCUGCGGAUCGUUGCAAAACCGAAGGACAUCAGCUGCGGGUACAUGACGCGGAAAAGCGAUUCUUCCGUUGUGCCGACUGUGGCAAUCGUACCGUUAGCUUGUUCCGGAUACCGAAGGUCAGCUGCAAGGCUUGCCAAAGCUCACGCUGGGAACGCUGUGCAAUGAUGCGGGAGAAACGUGGUGUACAGAUAGGCGAUGUGCUUUCGAUACGGGGCGAUGAGGAGAAAUAUUUAGGCAGUUUGGCUGGUGCAAGUGCUAGUUUGAAUUUGCUGGUACCAGAGGAGAGUUAA